CUGGCUGUCAUGUGACCACGCCGUCCCGUGACCCGGUAGAUGCAGUUGACAGCAAUAUGUUUCCGGGUACCGGCGCAGUGAUGGGUGCGCGGCUUCUUCCAGUGUUCUGCCUUCUCGCCCUCUCCUCUCCCCGGUGCUGGGGUUACCUCUUGUCGGAAGGGGAGAACCCCUUGUAUAGUAGUGCGCUGCUUCAUGCGACAGCGGAGGAAUCCCCGUACGGCUCCUUGUGGCCUUUACCGCAGGCGGUGCAGCAGUCCGCCGAUGUCUACUACAUCCCCCCGGUGGAGUUCAGCAUCGUACACGGAGCCGGCUCCACCGCAGGGCCGCUGUGCUUCGUGCUGCAGGACGCCUUCCGGAGAUAUUACGAUUAUAUGUUUGGAUACAAACCAUUCAUAGACAGUGCUGUAAAUGACAUCGGUCCAUCGGCCGGCCGGCUGGUCCAGCUACAGGUUAUUCUAACUUCUGAACAGAAUGAAUGUUUUAUAUAUCCCCACGUAAAAUCAGAUGAGUCGUAUAAACUGAUAAUCGAUGAUGAUGGCGCUGUGUUACAGGCCAGUCAGGUCUGGGGUGCUCUGCGAGGUUUGGAGACCUUCAGCCAACUGGUUUAUGAGGACAGUGCUGGGGCGUUCCUUGUAAACAAAACCAAAAUCGCAGAUGCUCCUAGGUUUGCACACAGAGGAGUCCUGCUGGACACAUCCAGGCACUACCUGCCUUUAAAAACUAUUCUCUUGAACCUGAAUGCUAUGGCUUUCAACAAGAUGAAUGUUUUCCAUUGGCAUAUUGUAGAUGAUCAAUCCUUUCCCUACCAGAGCAUCACCUUUCCAGAGCUAAGUAAUAAGGGAGCUUACCAUCCAUCCACACACAUCUACACUCUCACUGAUGUCCGCAUGGUGAUCGAAUAUGCCCGACUCAGAGGCAUUAGAGUUAUACCAGAGUUUGACACUCCAGGACAUACUAGCUCAUGGGGUAAAGGACAGAAAGACCUUUUGACACCAUGCUACCAGGAUGGGACACCCAGUGGAACGUUUGGGCCUAUAGAUCCAAUAACAAAUGAGACCUACAGCUUCAUAGAGAAAUUUUUCCAUGAAGUCAGUAAAGUGUUUACCGACCAUUAUAUCCAUCUAGGAGGAGAUGAGGUUGAUUUCUCUUGCUGGAAAUCCAAUCCCGAUAUCACCAAGUUCAUGAGUGAACAAGGCUUUGGCACAGACUACUGUAAAUUAGAAUCUUACUAUAUUCAGAAAAUAUUAGACAUAGUGUCAAAAUACCAAAAGGGCUACAUGGUCUGGCAAGAGGUGUUUGACAAUCAUGACAAGUUGAAACCAGACACCGUUGUUGAAGUUUGGAAGGAAAGAGAUUACCAACAGGAGAUGUCGGCUGUUACGGCUGACGGGUUUCAGGUGCUUCUGACAGCUCCCUGGUACCUAAACCGUAUUUCCUAUGGUCAGGAUUGGAUUCAAGCCUACGGUGUUGAGCCAACAAACUUUAAUGGGACCGCUCAGCAGAAGGAGCUUGUGAUUGGCGGUGAAGCUUGUUUAUGGGGAGAGUUUGUGGACGCUUCAAACCUCACUCCAAGAUUGUGGCCCAGAGCCAGCGCUGUUGCAGAAAGACUUUGGAGUAACAAGGAUGUCACCUCGGUGGGAGAUGCCUAUAGCAGACUUAUCAAGCAUCGUUGCCGUAUGGUCAGGCGUGGAAUCGCUGCUGAGCCACUAUAUGUAGGAUUCUGUGAACAUGAGCCCAAUCUUUAGAUCCAGAAGACAGAAAGUGGAAGGAGGAUGAAUUGUGGACCAAAUACAAUGCACAAAGCUGUUCUGGGUGGCAUUUUGUGAUUACAGGGCACCAAUCACAACAUGGGAUUUUUAUUCUGUAAAGCUUUAAAUCAUUUGAUUUCUUACUUUUUGAAAAAGUUGAAUUGUAAACUUUAUGUACAGUUUGAUGUGAUAAAGUCUUUACAGUAAA